AAAGGCGCGGGCAAAAAAGAUCUAUCGUCAUCUUCCCUCGACCUCUUCUCUCUCUCUCUCUCCCUCGCUCCUUCGAGCCAGCGAAGACGAUGCAGACGGCGAAUUCGCUCCUUUGCUCUUCCAACGUCUUAGCGCCGCCGCAGCAAUCCUUCCUCGGUCUGAAUCGCCCCGCUCAUGUUCGGAACCGCCUCCACCUCGCGGCCUCGUCUCCCUCUCGCGUUCGAUUGUCGUCGCGGCGCUCGCCAGCACAGCCGCCGCAAGUUGCCUCUCCACUGCAGAGCUCCGCUAUCCAGGAGACAGUUGAAACUGGUACGACUGAAUCAGGGCUUGUUGAAGUUGGGUAUAUAUCAAGUGUUCAUGGGUUGCAAGGGGAGAUCUGCGUAAAAUCCAGCACUGACUUCCCUGAACUGCGAUUUUCUAGGACUGGGAAAAGAUGGUUGAAGCAACGGGUUUUAGGCAGUGAGACAAUUCAAGAAGUGGAGUUGGUAGAGGGAAGAGGACACUCUGGGCAGAAAAGUUGGAUUCUCAAAUUUGAAGGAAUCAACAAUGUGGAAGAGGCUGAGAAACUUGUUGGUGCAGCCUUACUUGUAAGGGAAGAAGAUAGACCAGAGCUAGAAGAAGGCGAAUUCUAUACUCGUGAUCUUGUUGGCAUGAGAGUUUUUCUCAAGGAAUCUGGUGAACCCAUUGGAACAGUUGUUAAUGUCUACGACAGUGGAGCAAGUGAUCUUCUGCAUGUCAUGCUUGAUAGUCCCGCACAUGAUUCUGAUGGUGUUGGAAAGUCAAAGCCAACGGAAACUGGUGCCACCAAUCACUUAAUUUGGGUGCCAUUCGUUGAAGCAAUUGUUCCACAUGUUGACAUGGAUAGAGGAGAAAUGAUGAUCACACCUCCAAAAGGGCUACUCGAGUUAAAUUUGCGCUCCCACGAGAAGUCCAAGAAAGAGAGGCGCCAACUUGAAUGGAAAGAAAGGAAAAAGCUCCAAAAACGCCUCAUAGCAGCCAAGAAGAAGCUAUGUGAACUGGAGCAGCAACAUGUGUUUCAUGGAUUUAGAUAUGGUGAUAAAACCCAAACAAGCUUACUUGCGGAUCAGAUUGUUGGCGUAAACUCCAAAUUGUUUCAACCGGCUUUGCAAAGUAUAGACCUAUUCUCUCAAAGAUGGAGAGAUGAUGCUACAAGAACCGACAUUUAUGAUGCUCUGACAACAUCAGAAAACUACCUCACUCCUUUGGCUAGGAUGGAUAAACAGUGUGUGAAUUCUGUUUUUGAAGAGAAGGGGCUUCAUCUGAUCUCGAAGGGUAAAGUUGCCACUGUCUUGGUUGUGACUGACAGUGCUAAGGAGGCGUCUGACCCUUCUAUAUUGUCCGAGUCUCUUAUUCAGACAUUAGAGUGUACUAAUCAGAAGCUAGUGAAGGUUGAAGACCGCGUGUCUAUGCCUCUACUAGUGAUCUGCCCGGCUGGUGAAAUCCCAUUGUUCCAAAUGCUGUUCUCGGAAAAUGAUCAUUUUGGAUUUGACUCUGACAAGGUUUGGUUUUUCGAAGAACAGAUGAUGCCAGUGGUUAGCUGUCCAGAUGAACAGACAAGGCGUAAGAUUCUGAUGCAAUCUCCUUGGGAGAUGCUCCAAUCACCAAUAGGAUCUGGAGGGAUUAUAAGUGUGAUUUCAUCAGAGAGUAUUGCUGAUAAUCUUGGUAAAAUUGGUGUGGAUUAUUUCCAGAUUUGCAGCACCAAUCGACAAUUUCUCAACACAAGGACACUGCUUCUUGGGUAUGUUCAUUCUAGGGAAGCAGACAUGGGCAUUCAGGUCUUAGAAGAUAAACUGUUCUCCGAGGAAAGUCCCGAUGUGAUACUCUCCAUGAGUUUCUUGAAGAAGUUGAUGACUGAGACGAACAAAUUUCAGUUCAACACCACUUUGAAGCCAAAAGCACACAUCGAGCUGGUCAACAAAGAGUGGGUGGAUGUCAUCCCUUCGUCGCCCAACUCGUGUGAGAUCCGUUGUUCCCUUCUACUCAGUUGUCUGAAUAUAUGUGCCUCAGAUAAGGUUUGCUUACUGGAGAUUCCCGAGUAACUUAUUAACAAUGGUCAAAAUGUAUUACAGCGAGUUGCCAUAGAAGAGGUUAAGCACGGAAUGCUCCAUUUUCCUGCUUUUUUCUUGUCAUAUCUUAUUUGACUAGGUAAAUGAAUAACUACUUAGGUAA